ACUGGAGCCCUGCCAAACAGGGUCUCAUUGUCUACCGCACGCAACGCACCCAUCCUCGCAUGUCUCACGCUCGAGUCGCCUUGUCCUCCCCGUCCUGACCAGUGACCACCCUCCCAUACCCUCACGUCACUGCAAAUCAUUCUCCCCCCGAACCCUCCGCCCAGAACCUCGAUUUCGAGGAUGUGACGCCUCGCCUACCCAGCCUCCCGCCUGACCGGCAACUCCGCUAGGGGCUCUCCCAGCGCUCUCUCCACGGACGCCCCAAGGGUGUUUGAUGAAAUGCCUCCUCUGCUUCCCGCGUCACCAGCACUGCCUCGCCGCACGCUGUUUGCCCAUGCCCACUAGGUUCUCUGCGGAACACAUGCCUUGGGGUUCUGCAGCGUGGCUCGGCAUUCUGCAGAUGACCAAGCUGGCGCAGAGCCACCACGGUUCACAGUGGUGCCGGGCGACACUGCCAUAGAUGGUCCGGGCACAGGUGCGGGCGUGGGCGUGUCAGAGGCUUCUGAGAGGGUUUGCCGUGUCAUGUCAAUGCAGCCAGAACUGAGGAUUGCGUCAGCCCUUGAUGCGCUCAGGUGACUGUGUUGCCAGAGCUUGUGGCCGAGGUGCUAAAAAACCUAAGCAAUGCUGGCAUGCUAGCACUUGCCUUAUUCAGGUAGGCAGAGAGGCAAGAGGGCUUCUGGUACACAGCCGAGAGCUUCCACAAUCUGAUCGAGGAACUUGGCAAGAUCAAGCAGUUCAGGCUGGUGAGCUUGGUGGAGACCAUGCAGUGCCGGUGCUUGCUCUCUGACACAUUCAAGCUUAUUGUCCGGAGGUAUGCCCGGGUGAGGAAGGUCAAGGAGGCUGUGGAGACGUUCGAGAAGAUGAGCAGUUUUGGGCUCAAAACUGAGUUAUCGGAUUACAACUGGUUGAUUGACACAUUAAGCGAAUCCAAACAAGUGAAGAAGGGACACGCCAUCUACAAGGAGAUGAAGAGGAAGGGCAGGUUCAUUCCAGAUUUGAAGACCUACACAGUCCUCAUGGAAGGCUGGGGCCAUGAGAAAGAUCUGUUGAUGGUCAAAACAGUGUACCAAGAAAUGCUAGAUGCAGGCAUUAGGCCUGAUGUUGUGGCGUAUGGAAUGCUGAUCAGUGCCUUUUGCAAGUCUGGUAAAUGUGAUGAGACCGUCAAGGUGUUCCACGAGAUGGAAGUAAGUGGUUGUAUGCCGAGCCCUCAUAUGUACUGCAUGCUUAUCAAUGGGCUUGGUUCUGAGGAGAGACUGGAUGAAGCUUUGAAGUACUUUGAGCAGUAUAAGGAAAGUGGAUUCCCCAUGGUGGUGCCUACAUGCAAUGCGGUUGUUGGAGCUUAUGCAGAUCCUCAAAGUUUCAGCAUGCUUUCAAGAUGGUUGAUGAGAUGAGAAAGUGUAAAAUUGGACCCAAUUCCCGGACUUAUGAUAUAAUUCUUCAUCAUCUUAUAAAAUUGCAGAAAUUCGAAGAGGCAUAUGAUGUAUUCCAGAGGAUGGGGUCGGACGGCUGUGAGCCUCAGCUCAAUACAUAUACAAUGAUGGUUGGCAUGUUCUGCAAUAAUGAAAGAGUUGAUAUGGCAUUAAAGGUGUGGAAGCAAAUGAAGGAGAAAGGUGUCCUCCCAUGUAUGCAUAUGUUUUCAGCAUUGAUCAAUGGGUUAUGCUUUGAGAACAGGCUUGAAGAAGCUUGUAUAUAUUUCCAAGAGAUGUUGGACAAAGGAAUAAGACCACCUGGUUAGCUGUUUAGUAAUUUGAAGGAAGCUCUUGUUGAAGGAGGAAGAAUUAGUUUUUUCGCGACCGUGAAGGAGGAAGAAUUAGUUUGGCACAAGAGAUGGCUUUGAAGUUAGAUACAUUAAGGAAAACCCCUUUGCGUGGUUGAGGAAUUCUUUCUGUUCUUAAAAUGUCUGAAGCGAUUGGAUCAUCUCACAGUUACACGCUAUCUGGGCAUGCAAUAUACAUUUGUAGCCCUAGCAAUUGGUGGAAGCAGUGUGAGUAUUCUGUACUUCAGAUCACUAAAACAAUCUCUAGCCAUCAGCUAACUUGUAUUUGUUUGGAAAUGUGACAAAAUCAAUAUAAUAUCAUGAGUUUGUGAAGAAAA